AUGGACGAGAAGAAGAUCCAGAUCAGGGACCUAGGCUCCCUUCAUGGGACAUUUGUCAAUGAUAACGACCGAGUCCCGAAAGACCAUUCAUAUGAGGUCAAGGAUGGGGACUCACUUCGAUUUGGUGCUCCGAUCUGGCGAGGCACCGAGCAAUUCAUACCAACUACCGUCAGGGUUGGCGUACAAUUCCCGAAUCGCGAUGGGACCUUUCAAGUACCCGACGGCUCAGACGAUGAAGGAACUGAUGACCAAGUCAUCGAUCUGACUACCAAUGAGUGGAAAAGUGAAACCAUUGACCUUUCUACACCAUUUGGGACCCCGGGUCACAUUAAUAGUAACAUCGAGCCUGCAGAGAAUCACGUGCGCAGCCCUGAUAUCACACUUGACUCCCACCUGACCGGCUCCCCGGCCGGGUACUCCAUGAAGCCUCCAGGCCCCAUUGAUGUUCCGGCCUGGCAUCCGCUUCAGGCUGAAGAGCACUGGUCUGGUAAGACCGACAACGAUGACGAGUCCGAACUUUCUGCCGACUACGAAAGCGGGUAUUCGGAUGAUGAGAAUGAGAGCAACUUGGAGAUUGAUGAGGAAGACAAUGACUCCUCACCCCCGGUUUACGACGAAGAUCUCGAAAUGGGUUCUGAGGACGAGUUGGAAUCUGGGGAUACCGGCUCAAUGAGUGCUGAGCCCCUUGGGGUCGACCCUGGGGCCAUAUGGGACAGAGUUCCCUACUGCCCAAACGAUUUCCCCGAAAUCAUGCCUUUGGUAGAGUCGUUGUCAACGCUCCCCGCUCCGUUGCCUAGCUUGCGCCAACCUAGUGUUGGAUGGGCCUUGAGUGGCGGGAUGCAACAGUCCUCUUGUCCGCACCCUCUACCUACUGAUUCACCCACUUCAAUGGAGCUUGCCGAAUCUCUCGGGGCUAAGAUCGGAAAAAGCGACUUCUUUCUGGCGAGAGAGGAGAAUAAGGCCACUCUGGAGAAGAGAUCAACACAGGCUCGGCCUACUUCUGUGCAGGACCUUUGCAAUCAAGACGACUCGGUUGAUGUACCAAGUCAUUAUAGCUUUGGCCCCGCUGAACAAGCUAUUAUGCCGGAGAAAGCGAACGCCAACGAUAUCCCGCAGUUGGAACCCGACUUUUCGGCAACACCGAUUGCCCCCGCCUUGCCGCAGACGAUCUCGGAUGAAGUUCCUAAGGGUCUAAAGCGUAAAGCGGACGAAAUAUCGGAAGAACAGGAGCAAUGGGCGGCAGCCGAGGAUAUCCGGGUUGCCUUGGAGUCUUCAUUGGUCAACGAAGAGGAUGGCCAACAACAACCGUCGGUACCGGAGCCUCCCGUGGCUAUCCAAGAGGCCACUGAAAACGUUGAGGAUAACCCCAAGGCAGCGGGCCCGACCACGGAGCGGCCCGCAAAGAAGAAGCGUAUCUUAGAUGUUGCCGAGCGUCUUGGCUAUGCUGCCCUGGGUGGAGUCACCGCCGGGGCUAUGAUCGUUGGAACGCUCAUCUACACUGCGCCGACAUUUGCCUAA